GUUUCGUCAUAUUUCACAACAACAGGAACAAGGAAAUGGGACACAUUUAUUGAUAACGAUCACAAAGGCUUCGGGGACAGGACCUGACAGUUCCUGGUUGUAUUAUUUAAACCCCUUUUCAUUUGCUAUUACAGAAUUACUAAACAUUUCUCAGCUUGUUGGAUUGAUCAAACGCGACCGCUACAGGUAGAGGUCAAAACACGGCGACAACCUGACCAUAAAUUCUCACGUCUCCGCAGAAAAAGGACACUGUCAUGGGUGACAUUGAUUGUGGAAAUUGUGGGGACUGCGGAGACUGUGGAGACUGCGGGGACUGCAACUGUUGUGAUUGCUGUGAUGGAAAUUGUUGCGACUGCUGUGGCGGAGACUGUUGCGACUGCUGUGGCGGAGAUGGCUGUGAUUGUCUACCCCCACACUGCUGUAAUUGUGAUCAUGGGUGCUGCAGUGGUUGCCUCAACACCUUAUGCUGCCUUUGCAUUGCUGAUGACAUGAUAUGGUGUUACUGGGACUCCUCAGUAAUAAUGCCAGUCCAAAAGCGUGUUUGUGUAUCCAAGGAAAAGUUUCAGAGUUACCAAAUGUCAUGUGCUCCAGUAACAUCACAGCCUGUUAGCCAUGUACAGAGGCAGCCUGGUGACCCUGAGCAACAGCAACCAGCUGGUAACCCUGAGCAACAGCUACUAGAUGGUAACCCUUGGCAACAGGAGCCUGGUAACCCUGGUGAUCCAGUGACAUCACAGCCCUCUUCGCCUCCACCUCCUUAUAGUGAAGUGAACCCAUCUGGAGUUAAACCUCACUUAGACUCUGAUUAGAAAAAGACACAAUGUGAUUUAUGUACUUCUUAUCUUGCCUUGAAAUUACAUGUAAUUUAGCAGAUUUAGAAGAUGUCAAAGUUUCAGCAAUAUUCCCUUUUUCACGGAGGUGCAACCAAUCCAUGUAUAGUAAUUAAACUACUGCCAAUCAGGUAACAAAGAGUGUUAUUACACCAUCUGCACUACCUAGUUCUAGAUCUACAACACACUCGGCCCAAAGACAUUGAUCCUUCAUUCGAUAUGUUUGCAAGUCCUGGUAUAUGUGCAUUGUAAUGUAUGCUACUGUAUUAGGGCAUCCUGCAGUUCCACAAUAUGACCCGUGGAAACUUUUCAGGAGACUUAUUUCUUAGUCCCAUUUUUAAUUACAGGUGUAGUGUAAUACAUCAUCAAACCAUCACUGAGAGACUACUUCCAGUGGCUUCCCUCAGGUUGAACAGUAUGUAGAUGUUUCAAAAUGGAUUUAUUUUGGUAUUCCACUUCCCAAUUUGUUUGAGGCCAUUGUGGUAUUUUUAACUGAUGAUGUAUUCCAUGAAUUUAGUGAAUUCUUUGCUAAUGAACUGUGGGUAAUUAUCUGUGUGUGAUCCAUGUAAAGAUCUGUGCAAACACUCACAUGCCCAUGUAUGCUAACACUUAAUGCUCCCUUCUCUGUCUGAGAACAGCAUUGGUCCUGUGGCACACAUUUCUGCAGUUGUCCACGUUUAACUUGAUGAUUCUCAACAUAGAGCUGAAUGCAAACAAUAUUUUUUUAUUGCUGUAGUACUUACCAAUCUGAAGUACCGAUACGUAUUUAAAAUAAAAUAAAAGGAAUGUUUUUAGGAGUAGCAGUUCAUAACUGUAUGAUUGAUAUUAUUUAUUAAUGCAAAGUCCAGAAUUUGAUCAUUCUUUACAAAAUAAAGUAAUUAGAGACCUGGCAAUUGUCAACACUACUCAAGAAACUAAGCUGUCAUGAAAAUAUAUUUUUUAAAUAUAUAUUUAGGAUAGUUAAC